AUAUACACUAUUUCUAGUACUGCCUUCUCAUUAUAGAUAUACUCGUUAAUUUAAUCCGAACUUCCAACAAUAAGCAUGUAACUUGGAGAUUAGUCUGAUUAUAUGUUUACCUCAAUAAUAUUCGUGAUUCAGUUAUUAUCUAUAGCAUUAAUUGAACAAUAAUACUAAAUAUUCUACCCCAGUAAUGACUUGAUAUAAACCUUCUUGCAAAAAAGAAAAACUGCCGAUAGCGCCCUAUCCCAAUUAGGAAACCUCGGUAAAUUCUAUGCCCCACAAAACGGCUUGAAAAUUCCGGCACAAAGUUCCGUAUCAUAAAACUGGUGAUUUGAAUUUUCACAAAUUAUUUCAAAUAUAUACCACGAAUAAGGAAGUAGCAAUUUCAGUAAUAUGCUUAGUACGACAUCCAGAGUAUUGGGGAAAGUUCCUAAAUUAUCUACUAUAAGUUCACGGUGGGUGCUGACGAAAUUGAACGUUGUAAGUUAUGACAAUGAAUCAAUAUCAAUUAAAUUUAAAAAUGGUAAAGUAACCAAAUUCAAUAAUGUUUUCAUUAGAGAUUCAUGUCGUCAUCCUGAAUCUGUUGAACCAUUUUCCAAGCAAAAGUUAUUUACUACGGUAGAAAUUGCUAAGAACUUGAAAAUUGAUAAUGUUCCUUAUACUAAAGUUAAAGAAAAUUCUGAAGUUUUAGUAGUUGAAUGGGAUCAAAAUGGUAAAUCUCAUACAUCAGAAAUUUCUGAACAAUUUUUAACCCCUUAUACUCAAAUAGGAGGUCAUAGAAAGGAAAAAUUCUUUGAUAAAGAUGUACUUCUUUGGGAUCGAGAAUUACUUUUAAAUAAUUUAGAUAAUAUUUGGACAGAUUAUUCAUCAUAUAUUAAAGAAGAUAAUGAACAAUUUUAUCAUCUGGUACUGAAUUUAAAUAAAUUUGGAUUAACAUUUAUUAAGAAUAUUCCUCAAGUAGCUAAUAGACUGGAAAAAAUGACUGAAGAAAAUCAUUUAAGUUGGCCAAUAUCUAAUUUAGCAUCAAAAUUUGGAUAUAUUAAAAAGACAUUUUAUGGAUCAUUAUUUGAAGUUAAGAAUGAAAAGGAAAAUGCUAAAAAUAUUGCAAAUACUGAUACAUUUUUACCAUUACAUAUGGAUUUAUUAUAUUAUGAAUCUCCACCAGGAUUACAAUUACUUCAUUUUAUUAAGAAUUCAACUCUUGGAGGAGAGAAUGUAUUUUGUGAUUCAUUUUUAGCAGCUGAACAUGUUAGAAAUAUUGAUCCUGAUGCUUAUUAUGCACUUACAAAAGUCCCAGUAACUUAUUGGUAUGAUAAUAAUAAUGAGUAUUAUUUUUAUAAGAGACCAGUAAUUAUUGAAGAUGAAGAUUUAAAAUUUCCCAAUUCUAAGCGUCCUCAUAUAUUAGCAGUAAAUUAUGCUCCACCAUUUCAAGGACCAUUUGAAUAUGGUGUAUCCAUUUCUGAAGGUCUGGAUAUUGAACAAGCCGAUGAUUUAGCUAAAAGUAAAUUAUUUAAAGAUUUCUUAAGAGGUUUUACUAUCUUUGAAGAAUUCAUUAAUGAUCCUCUUAAUCAUUUUGAAAUUAAAAUGCCUGAGAAUACUUGUGUAAUAUUUCAAAAUAGAAGAGUAUUACAUUCCCGAAAAUCCUUUUCAGCUGCUAAUGGAGGUGAUAGAUGGUUAAUGGGUUGUUAUAUUGAUGGAGAUAGUUUCCGAUCAAAAUUACGAACUUUAUCUAGAAAGUUUAAAUAGUCAAUAAUCAAAAAGAUGAUAUAUUCAUGAUACAUAUUGUAUGAUAAUUAUUUAUGGUACAUAUUAAAAUUAA